AUGCGCGCCAUCCAAACAACAGCCUGGGGCCAGGCACCAGCCUUCACCUCAUCCGCCGCGUCGCCGCCCGAACCCACCUCCACCCAAGUCCAGGUCAGAGUCCUGGCCUCCGGCCUCCACCGCCUGGUCCGCAGCCAGGCCCUAGGCCAGCACUACAGCUCGCGCAACACUGGGUUGCCCUACACGCCGGGCUCCGACGGCGUAGGUCUCACUCCCGACGGCAAGAGAGUCUACUUUGUGUCCAUCGCGACGGGCGGCGGCUUCGCGGAGACGAUCAACGUGGAGAAGAAGAUGACGGUGGAGCUCAGCGAGGGCGCGGAUCCCGUGCAGGUGGCCGGAUUGGUGAAUCCGGGGAUGGCGAGUUGGAUGGCGCUCAGGACACGCACGCAGGGCGUGGUGGGUGUGAAGAAGGGGUGGAGUGUCGUGGUGCUGGGGGUGACGAGCCAGAGCGGGAAGGUGGCGGUGCAUUUCGCGCGCAAGCUCGGUGCUACCAGAGUGGUGGGUGUGGCGCGGGAUGGUAAGAAGAUGGCGGCGCUGGGCCUGGAUGAGGCGAUCGUGCUCAAGGACAAUGCGGCGGAGACUGACUGGGCUAAGAUGGGCGACGUGGAUGUCAUUCUCGACUAUCUGUACGGUGGCGCCGCGACCGCGUGUUUCAACGGCUUGAAUAGCAAGGUGCCGACACAAUACGUACAGGUCGGCAGCCUGGCGGGCUUGGAGACGAGUUUUCCGUCAGCGGUGUUCAGAAGCAAGAAUCUGACCAUCCGAGGCAGUGGGCCAGGCGCGUGGAGUAUGCAGGAAUUUGGAGGUGAAGUCAAGGAUUUGGUGGCGGCCGUGGAGGGACUCGAGGAGCAGGAUCUUAAGGCGAGAGGCUUGGAAGAUGCGAAGGAGGCAUGGGACAAUGACAGGGAGAGGACCGUCUUCGUGCCAUGA